AGAAGGGAGCGUAGGAGGCUGGAGGGAGGGAGGCACGGGAGCAGCGGCGGCAGCAGCGGCGUUUGUACACAGGUCCCAGGGCAAGGGCGCCUCUGAGCUGGUCCCUGUAGGGUUCUGCGCACUGAGCUAGGUUUGGGGGGAGGGGGGGGCUCCUCUUUCCCUUUUCUUUCUUUUACUAGAGCCUGCUGAGGGCUGAGUCCUGUCUAGGGUAGGGAUAUCCGCAGUGGGGCUGUUGCAUUGUUUUGGUUGGGAUAGAGAAGGGGCUCAGCUGAGGGGUCCUGCUGCCUGGCCUGCGACCAUUACAGUCCCAUAUUUUGUCUAACUUCCACUGAGAGAAGAAAAGGAGUGAAGAGAGAGAAGAGGUUAAAUGUCUUGCAGAGGUGAGCUACCAGUGUAGCAAAUGACUGUACCUUUCACAGUACAUCAAGUACUGCUUGAUUUCUUCUGGCUUGAAAAAUAUGCUUCAUGAUUAGUAAAAAUAAAGGGUUUGUGGAUGCACUUAGAUGUUUGCAAUGAGCACUGUGGCUGGCAUGCCCCAGUGUUUUGGAUACCAAUGCAUAGGACUCCGUAGUAAUCGAAUUUAUCAGAAACGAACGUCAUGAGCAUAGUGAUCCCAUUGGGGGUUGACACAGCAGAUACUUCUUAUUUGGAAAUGGCUGCAGGCUCAGAACCAGAAUCUGUAGAAGCUAGCCCUGUGGUAGUUGAAAAAUCGAACAGUUAUCCGCACCAGUUGUAUACCAGCAGCUCGCAUUCACACAGUUACAUUGGUUUGCCCUAUGCAGACCAUAACUAUGGUGCUCGGCCUCCUCCAACGCCUCCAGCUUCUCCUCCUCCAUCAGUGCUUAUAAGCAAGAAUGAAGUAGGCAUAUUUACCACUCCCAACUUUGAUGAAACCUCCAGUGCUACUACCAUCAGUACGUCAGAGGAUGGAAGCUAUGGAACUGAUAUUACCAGAUGCAUUUGUGGCUUUACACAUGAUGAUGGAUAUAUGAUCUGUUGUGACAAAUGCAGUGUCUGGCAGCACAUUGACUGCAUGGGGAUUGACAGACAGCAUAUUCCUGACAUAUAUCUGUGUGAACGUUGUCAACCCAGGAGUUUAGAUAAAGAAAGGGCAGUGUUGUUGCAACGAAGGAAAAGGGAAAAUAUGUCAGAUGGGGAUACCAGCGCAACAGAGAGUGGUGAUGAGGUUCCUGUGGAACUGUAUACUGCUUUUCAGCAUACACCAACGACAAUUACUUUAACUGCUACAAGAGUUACAAAAGUCAAUGAUAAGAAGAGGAAAAAAAGUGGGGAGAAAGAACAGAACAUAGCAAAAUGUAAAAAAGCAUUUCGAGAAGGAUCCAGGAAAUCUUCACGAGUAAAGGGUUCAGCUCCAGAGAUUGAUCCUACUGACACUUCAAACUUUGGAUGGGAAAAUAAAAUCAAGGCAUGGAUGGAUCGUUAUGAAGAAGCAAAUAAUAACCAGUACAGUGAAGGUGUCCAGAGGGAGGCACAAAAAAUAGCUCUGAGAUUAGGCAAUGGAAAUGACAAAAAAGAAGUCAGCACCAGCAAUUUGAUUUUCAAACCUCCAGUAGAGAGUUACGUGCAAAAAAACAAGAAAAUUUUAAAAGCUGCCAAAGACUUGCCUCCCGAUGCACUUAUUAUUGAAUACAGAGGAAAGUUCAUGCUGAGAGAACAAUUUGAAGCUAAUGGAUAUUUCUUUAAAAGGCCCUACCCAUUUGUUUUAUUUUAUUCCAAAUUCCAUGGGCUAGAAAUGUGUGUUGAUGCAAGGACUUUCGGGAAUGAAGCUCGAUUUAUCAGGCGUUCAUGUACGCCAAAUGCAGAGGUGAGGCAUGUAAUUGAAGAUGGAACAAUUCAUCUUUAUAUUUACUCCAUCCAUAACAUUCCAAAGGGAGCAGAGAUUACUAUAGCAUUUGAUUUUGAUUAUGGAAAUUGUAAAUACAAAGUGGAUUGUGCUUGCCUCAAAGAAAAUCCUGAAUGUCCAGUUCUCAGACGUUCUGAGCCUACAGAAAACAUCAAUACUGGAUAUGAAACCAGAAGGAAAAAGGGAAAGAAGGAGAAAGAUGUUUCAAGAGAAAAGGAGACUCAAAAUCAGAACAUCACACUGGACUGUGAAGGAGCAGCCACCAAAAUGAAAAUCACAGAUAAUAAGCAGAGAAAGCUCUCUCCCCUCAGGCUGUCCAUUUCUAAUAAUCAGGAGCCAGAUUUUAUUGAUGAUAUAGAAGAAAAAACUCCCAUUAGCAAUGAAGUAGAAAUGGAAUCAGAGGAGCAGAUUGCAGAAAGGAAAAGGAAGAUGACAAGAGAAGAACGGAAAAUGGAAGCUAUCUUGCAAGCUUUUGCCAGACUAGAAAAACGAGAAAAAAGAAGAGAACAGGCUUUGGAAAGAAUCAGCACAGCAAAAACUGAGGUUAAAUCGGAAUGCAAGGAAACACAGAUUCUCAAUGAUGCUGAAUUUAUUCAGGAACCUGCAAAAGAAGAAACUGCCACCAAGCCUACCCCAGCCAAAGUUAAUAGAGCUAAACAGAGAAAAAGCUUCUCACGGAGUAGAACUCACAUUGGACAGCAGCGCAGACGGCACAGAACUGUCAGCAUGUGUUCAGAUAUCCAGCCAUCUUCUCCUGACGUGGAAGUAACUUCACAACAUAAUGAAACUGAGAAUGCUGCACUGGUAGCUGAGCCUGAAGCGGAAACUGUUGUUACAGAAAUGGUUACUGAAACAGAAGCUCCAGCACUUAGUAAAUGCCCUACUAAGUAUCCUAAAACAAAGAAGCACUUGGUCAGUGAAUGGUUAAGUGAAAAGAGUGAUAAAGCAGGGAAACCUACAGACAGUCUACCAGAAAGGCCUCUACGAAUAACUACAGACCCUGAAGUUCUGGCUACUCAGCUGAAUUCUUUACCUGGUCUCACUUACAGUCCACAUGUUUAUUCAACUCCAAAGCACUAUAUUCGUUUUACUUCACCAUUCCUUUCAGAAAAAAGGAGAAAAAAAGAACCUGUGGAAAACAUUACUGGCUCUUGUAAGAAGCGUUGGUUGAAGCAGGCUUUGGAAGAAGAAAAUUCAACGAUUGAUAGAUUUAAUUCACCAUCACAAGAGAGAUCUAGAAGUCCAGCCAUCAAUGGUGAACAUAAAAGUCCUCUAUUGCUGAAUGACAGCUGUUCCUUAACAGAUCUAACCACACCACUGAAAAAGCGAAGGCUGUAUCAGCUGUUGGAGUCUGCAUUCUCAGAAACCUCCACACCUACUCCUUCUCCCUAUGCCACACCAACCCAUGCUGACAUCACUGCCUCCGAGCCAUCCUUGUUUGCUACUCCUCCUAGGGUAAAAACAGAAGAUGAAGCUUGUAGAAAUGGUUACAAACCCAUAUAUUCACCAGUUACUCCUGUAACUCCAUGUAUACAUGGAAAUACCAUGCACUUUGAGAAUAUUUCUUCACCUGACAGUUCCCCAGAAAUAAAAAGGCGAGCUUACAGUCAAGAGGGUUAUGACAGAGCAUCGAUUCUAGCACUGAAUUCUUUCAGAAAUUCCAGCCUGACAGAAAUGGGCCUGCAAGAAAUAAAGACUAUUGGAUAUUCUAGUCCAAGGAAUAGGACUGAUGUCACACGGCAGUGCACUGGAGAAAUGGAAUCUGUGUCAGACCUCCAGCUGGGACUCGAAGUAAUUGAGCAAAGUGCACUGCAUAAAAACCUGGAAGCCCCCACACAUGAUAGGACUGAUGCAAACAGCCAACUAGAAACUGCUCAUUGUGGACGGGGCACAAUUUACUCUUCCUGGGUAAAAAGUCCUGACAGGACAGGUGUAAAUUUCUCAAUGAAUUCUAAUUUGAGGGACUUGACCCCUUCACAUCAGUUGGAGGUAGGAGGUGGAUUCAGAAUAAGCGAGUCCAAGUGCCCAAUUCAAGAUGAUGGAAGAGGCAUGUUCAUGGAAGCAUCUGUUUUUUGUACUUCAGAAGAUGGAAUUGCACCUGGCUUUGGAAGGACUGUCAAUAACGACAAUUUGAUGGAUGGAAAUUGCACACCUCAGAAUCCUCCACAAAAGAAAAAGGUGUCCUUGUUAGAAUACCGUAAGAGACAACGAGAAGCUCGAAAAAGUGGCUCAAAGACAGACAACUUCCCCCUGGUUACUGUAUCUCCUCAUGCUGCUGGUGGAGGAAAUACAAGUAAUAACAAUGGUGCUAAUGAUGGGUAUAACAACAGUGGUGAAAAUGGGGAGCAAACUGAUAACACUGCAAGCCUGCCUUUACCACUGCCAGCUACUGUUUAUAAUGCAGCUCCAGAGGACAAUGGCAACAACUGUGCAAUUAAGGAAUCUUCCUCCAGUGAGAAAAAUGAACCAGAAGUUCAGUGGACUGCAUCAACCUCUGUGGAACAAGUGAGAGAACGAAGUUAUCAGAGAGCUUUACUUCUCAGUGAUCAUAGGAAAGACAAGGACAGUGGGGGAGAAUCACCUUGUAGGCCAUGCUCACCGUCUCAUGUUCAGUCUCCAUCUCAUUCAAAUCUCAUUUCCCAGUUGCAGCUUAAGGUCCCUUCUUUGACUGAAUUUAUGGAAGAACCUGAUUCUGAAAAUCCAGAGCCAACUUCUGAAUGUCCGUCCCCAGAUACUUCACAAAGGACUUGUAAGAGUCCGUCAAAAGCAAGCAAGCCCUCUUCACCGAAUCCUGUAGUUUCAACGCAGUCACUUGGGAAAACACCCACAAAACCAGAUUCACACUGGGAAACUGCAGCUAAUGCACCUGAGACCGAAUGUGCGAACCAUCCAAAAUCUGAGCUGCAACAAAAACAGCUGACAAACAACGUCCAAGCACUUUCAAAGAAUCAUCCAUCUCAAUCACAUCUGCGCAGUUCUGCUGAGCAACUCUCACAUUCACAGAAGUUGCCUUCCGCACCUUUGAAGCUGCAUUGUCCCCCUUCGCCUCAUGUAGAAAAUCCUCCCAAGUCAUCUACCCCUCACGCGCCUGUGCAGCACGGUUAUUUGUCACCAAAGCCUCACUCACAGCAGUUGGGAUCUCCAUACAGACCUCAUCAUCCACAGUCACCUCAAGUUGGAACACCCCAGCGGGAAACACACCGAACCUUCUAUCCGGCAGCACCGACCCUUCAGCCCAGUAAUCAGCCGCAGGCGAGCGGGCCCCUGUUCACUCAGACAACAUCAGGACAAUCCUCAGCUUCUUACAGUCAGUUUAACCAACAAAAUUUGAACAGCAAUGCGCCACCUCCUCCACCCCCUCCACCCCCUUCUUCUACUUACUAUCAAAGCCAGCAGCCCUCUGGAAACUUUCAGAGCUACAGCCAGCUGAAGGGCAGCAUACCCCAACAGACUGUGUUUUCAUCUGGACCAAAUCAAGCACUUCCUGGCACUGCAGGUCAGCAAACAGUGCCGGGACACCACGUAGCUGCAGGGCAUUUUCUGCCGUCUCAGAACCCCAGUAUUCAUCACCAGGCAUCGGCAUCCGCUGCUCCGCCGCCGCCUCCACCACCGCCUGCGCCAGGGCCUCACCUUGUCCAGCAGCAAAGUACUCAUCAGCAGCACUCUGUAGCACAUGUUGUCGGUCCGGUCCAUGCCAUGGCAGUGGCUCCUGGAUCGCACAUUCAUUCUCAAGCUGCUGGUCACCAUUUGCCACCACCUCCUCCGCCACCAGGUCCUCUCCCCCACCACCAACCUCCCCAUCCUUCACCGGGACACCAAGGUUUGCAAGCACAACACCAGCAUGUUGUAAACUCAGCACCUCCCCCCCCUCCACCCCCUCCCUCCAACGUUAUCGGUUCGGGCCACCACCCGGCAUCAGCACAAGGGUUACACCACCCCUCUCAUCAAGGACCCCCCCAUUUCCCUUCAAACGCUCACACAAGCGUGUCCUCCUAUUCCUCGCAAGCCCCACAUCACACGACGUUAGGACCUGGACCUCAACAUCAGCCUGCUGGCACAGGACCUCAUUGCCCACUCCCUGGUCAGGGUCCUCACAUCCAACCUCAAGGACCAAACAGUAUUGCAACACCUACUGCUUCCGGGUUCUGCCCUCACCCCGGCUCCGUGACCCUUCCCCACGGAGUGCAAGGGCAGCAGCAGGCCUCGCCGGUGCCGGGACAGAUCCCCAUCCACAGAGCACAGGACGGUGCUCAAUGGCUCCACCUCAGAACCAGAGAGGAGAACCAGUGUGGGAGGAAAGCUGAAACGGGAUAGGAGGGGAAGUGGCUGCUCCUACUCACUGAAAAAAAGUGCACCUUGACCAGGCUGAGAAUCAUUGCUGACGAAGGACAGCACACAGCAAGCUUGAGGUCCUCAAAGGAGACGAAUAUAUCCGAUGUCAAAACCAAGAAACCAUUCCUACAGCAGACAGCAUGUGACACGUGGAUUCCACUGAUGUUUCCUGCUGUCUCCACUCUCCCACACACAAAGACUCACACACAGGCUCACACCGUGGGCAAAGAACACUGCAGGCCUUUCCUUCUUCAUCAGCCAGUGAACCCAAGUUUUACAAAAUCUGCUCCGAUCCCAAGACAGAGGUCUCAGAAACACAGGUCCCUGCCUUGCUCCAUGGCAUUUGCCAGCAAUGCAGCAGAGCAGCAAUUCAUUCCUAACCAAGCAGAGCAGGGAGGUUUGGCACUCAAGGGAUUCUGCUCCAUCUCCCAGGUAAACACCCCCAGGAGGCUUGGUCUGAAUCCUUCCUGAGAAGGAAGCACCUGCUGCUGCCCACGUCUCCUUCAACCAACCACUGAGACAAGUGGUGGCAGCAGCUGCAGAAUCUGAAUUCUCACAGAGGGGGGGAAUCGUACAUCUGGCCAACCUGGCAACGUGUCUCAGACCAAAGCAGGUGAGAACCCGUCUGCCAUUAAACUCAGCAAUAUUAUCCGGGUCUGCCUACAGCUCAUCUGGCAUGAUGGGGAAGACUCUUCAGUUUCCUGCUCCUCCACUGCGUAGGAAUGAGGCCUCAAGCCAUGAGGUAUGUGAUGAAGGGAUAACCAUGGAUUACCAGGUUAUCAGGCCAGAUGACCCUUAUUGCUGCAAUCAGCUGGGUGGAAGAGGGACUGAGGUGUCACCUUAUGCAAGACCCGCAGCCUGUGUAAUCGAGGCUCUUGAUAUCCCUUGUUUAUGUAUGACCUGGCUGCCCCCCCCAUUUAUGAUGGCAAUAGUAGGGAAUUUGACUAUGGUCUCACCUCCACUUCUACCAAAAGGAUCAAUCUGACAUUUGAAAUCCUCUGUGAAGAGAAUGAGACGAGUCAAUGGGCUCGCUCAUCUCUCUAUCCCAAAGCAGAGACACCCGUCUAGUAAGAUUUGUGCUUCUGACUGUGUUGGAGCAUACCCAGGAACACUUGUACACAGUGCUUGCUAUACACUUAUAUUUUGUACACCUAAUACAUUUAUCACCAGCAAUCUCACACGAGAACCUACAGCCUGUUGUUUCAAUAAACUACACUAGUCACAAA